AUGGGUGGUCAGCAAAGCCGUCACAGUGAUAAUGCCUCGGGCCAUAGUGGUGGCAAACGAAGCGUGCAAGAUGAUGAUAGUAAUUCCGCAUGUUUGGAAAGCUUGUCAUAUGACUGGCACAGUUCAAAUCCAUGCUGUGAAAGUUUCAACAAACCGGCGGAAAUGGACCGUCGACCAUCCUCGGUUGAUACAUUUUUGGCCCACAAUCUGCCUCAUCACCAGCACCAUCAUCAAUUCUCUCAUCGAGAAUCAGAUUCUCGAUGGUCUUCCAGGGAAGAUUUACUAAAUGGACCAGAAAACGGUGAAAAUGAUUCACUAUUUGUUGCCCUAUAUGAUUUUCAUGGCGUUGGCGAAGAACAGUUAUCGCUUAAGAAAGGUGAUCACUUACGGGUUAUUGGACAUAAUAAAGCCGGUGAAUGGUGCGAAGCACAGUUGGUAACUGUUCGACGGGAAAGUUCUAGGCGUACUUGCUGUAUUGGUUGGGUACCAUCAUCUUACAUCGCGCCUGCAAAUUCGCUGGAAAAGCACUCGUGGUACCAUGGUAAGGUAAGUCGAAGCGAAAGCGAGUACUUAUUAAGUUGUGGUAUAAGUGGCAGUUUUUUGGUGCGUGAAUCUGAAACUAGCAUUGGGCAGUUUUCAAUUUCGUUAAGAUACGAUGGUCGUGUUUAUCAUUAUCGGAUUUCUGUGGAUCGUAAUGAUUGGUUAUACAUAACACAGGAGAGUAAAUUUAAAACUCUUGGUGAAUUAGUUCACCACCAUAGUGUUCACGCAGAUGGCCUUGUCUGUACAUUACUUUAUCCUGCACCUAAGAAAGAACGUCCACCAAUGGUAUUUUCAUUGUCGCCUACUCAACCAGAUGAAUGGGAAGUAGAUAGAUCGGAAAUUAUAAUGCGAAGUAAACUUGGAGGUGGGCAGUAUGGUGACGUUUAUGAAGGAUAUUGGAAGAAGCAUGAAAAAGUUGUCGCUGUGAAAACUUUAAAAGAAGAAGCAAUGGCACUGCAUGACUUUUUGGCUGAAGCAGCAAUUAUGAAGGAUUUACAUCACCCAAAUUUAGUACAGUUGAUGGGAGUAUGUACUCGUGAACCACCUUUCUAUAUUAUCACUGAGUAUAUGAACAGAGGAAACUUACUUGAUUAUCUCAGAAGAUGUGAUAAGAAAUUAUCGCCUACAGUGCUAAUGUAUAUGGCUACACAAAUAUCAUCUGGGAUGGCCUACUUAGAAUCACGCAAUUUCAUUCAUCGCGAUUUGGCAGCACGAAAUUGCUUGGUAGCUGAUGAAAAUGUGGUUAAAGUUGCUGAUUUCGGUCUCGCACGCUUUAUGAGGGAAGAUACAUAUACUGCUCAUGCUGGAGCAAAAUUCCCCAUCAAGUGGACUGCCCCAGAAGGCCUUGCUUACAACACGUUCAGCACAAAAAGUGAUGUUUGGGCAUUUGGAGUACUUUUAUGGGAAAUUGCAACAUAUGGAAUGAGUCCAUACCCGGGAGUAGAAUUGAAUAGUGUUUAUGGAUUGUUGGAAAAAGGUUUCCGAAUGGACGCUCCAGAAGGUUGUCCUCCAUCAGUUUAUCGUUUGAUGUUACAGUGCUGGAAUUGGUCACCUAGCGAUCGACCUCGUUUCAAAGAAAUUCAUGCGAGUUUAGAAUCACUUUUUCCUCAAUCAAACAUUGACGAAGAGGUUGAUAAGCAGCUGGAACGUUCACGUACUUCAUUGCAUCGUCAUAGUUCAUCGUCGCAUCGUGUUACUGUUGGUAAUAAUUGUAUGAGUAUUCCAUCAGGAAUUGUGCCAGUUGCAUCACCACGCAUUUCAUGUGAUGGAAAUAGUGGUCUAGUAGCUUCUAUCUCUUGCUCGACAUCAAAUACGUCAUCUCUUCCACCACCAACUAUUGAAUUUCCACCACCGCCACCUCGAAAUCAAGAAAAUUAUGUAGGAUGUGCAUCGUCAAAUUCAUCUACAGCUACACAAUGCAGCAGUACACGGGAACAUCGAGAUAUAUCCAAGAUAAAAUCUGCACGACGAAAUUUACCAUUACCAGUACCUCCAUUAUCUGCGAAGCCAAAACUACAGAAAUUAGACAGCGCGUCAUGUGAUGUACUGGUUUCACCUUUAGCAGAGAAGAAUUUGCGUAAGGUAGUUAAUAAAUUCGGUACUCUACCAAAAACUGCUCGAAUUGAUGCUUACUUGGAAUCGAUGUCAUCGCAAGGAGAUAGUGAGCAGUCACCGAAUACUAAUGGUGAAUAUAGUGGUGGCUUAUCUGAUGAUUCUUUGGAUGCUAUUCCGGCUUCAUAUGGAAGUUGUUGGAAUAGAAACAUGUCGGAUUCAAUGAGCGAGAGUGUCAGUUUUGGCCAAAAUAAAUUGCUUCAGCAACUGAAACAGCGAUUAAAGAAAACCAAAUCUGAAUCACCAGUAACUGCCACUCCUGCUCAUACUGAUGUUAAUAAUAUGGCAAGUAUAGAUGAAAGACCAGAGCCGUCUAUGGCUAUGAUUUCAGAAGUAGAUCCCGGCUUGAAAAAGGAAAAUGGCAUGCCAAAAACAGAACAGCAAUGGGUGCAAAGAAAAAAGACAACUUCACGUUCACGUAAAAGUAAGGAGUCGUCUCGUGAUGUUAUUGAAGCUGCGAAUGACAGAAGUAUUAUUUCAAAAGAUGACAGAGAUCAAGAUGUAGGGGAAAACGAACUGAGAGCAAGAAUACGUCAACUCAGACAUGUAGAAAAGCGAAAUUCUACAGAAAAACAACAAAAGCGAACAGGAGAACGACGUGAUCUAGUUGGUGUCGAUACAGCUCGAGUACGAACAUUAAUAACUCAGAAGGUAGCCCCACUUCAGCAUCAUCGUCCAUUUUCGAUGCAGCCAGAUGCCCACAAUAGUGAAUCUCCUGAUGAUGAUUCUAGUAAAGCACCUGUACUACAAUCAGAACGGUUAGAAAAGAAACCACUAUCUCAAAGAUCGGUAGCUAAGCCAUAUCCUAGAGCGUAUUCCACAUUGCAAAGAUCAGUCAAGGCCAGUUCUGUAAUUUUACCUAAGAGAACUACUGGUAGUGGUAAUGCAAUUAAAAAUGAUGUGCCUGCAAAAUUAAAACCAAAAAUAAGAGGUCCUGCAGUACUUGAGUGCAGUGAAUUGGAUGAGAUUGAGCUCAACAGCAGUAUGGUGCGAGCUCACUCGCUCCGUGAUCUCGCUUCCAAAUUUGAAAAAUUAGGAAAUCCAGGUCUAAUUGCACCAUCUUCCAAAGGAGCACUUCGUGGCAGCGAAAAACGGUAUUCGAUGAUGGAGAAUGUCGCUGGUACUUCUGAUAUAGCGGUUUCCAGCACCAGAGAAAAUAUUCAACCUAUUGUAAGUCGAGACUCACUUCUGGACUUAUACCGACGACUAGAAAGUUGUAUUUGCGAUUUGCGUAAUGAAAGAAUUAGUCGAGUCAAAAGUCAUCAGUCAAAUUGUAGUGAUGGCCAACAUGCGUUGUUGAUUCGUUUAAGCGAUCUAAUGCAGCAGUUCCAUCACAUGUGCGCUAUUUAUGCGGAAAACAUUUCUCCUCACUCGAAGUUCCGUUACCGUGAGCUUCUAAAUCGCAUGGAUGUAUUUAUUCGACAGUUACGGCAGUGUGCUUCAUCAUCAUUGUCAAACGAAGUGGUGCAAGCUGAACAACAAGUCAUACCUCAAUUUGAGCAGACAAUCCGUCAAAUUAUGCAUUUAGUACAGAGGUAA